AUGACUGCCACUGUCAGCGUCACCAUCUCGUCCGGCACCAUCAUUGGUACCGCAGGAGAGACGGUGGACACGUUCAAUGGCAUCCCCUAUGCCGACGCGCCGAUCGGAAACCUGCGCUUCAGGCCGCCGGUGAAGCUGUCCCGACAUUUGGGAACUUUUGACGCCACUGGCAAACCCCUUUCAUGCCCGCAGGGACCCGUUGUCACUCUGACGGGCCUCUCCAAUUUCACGGAUGCUCUGUCCGCUGGCGGCAUCGUCAAUGACCCCUCGGGCGAGGACGAGGCGUCUACAUCCGCCCGAAAGGAGUCCAGGCCGGCGCUGGCCUCCCCGUGCUAUUCUGGAUCUCUGGCGGCGGCUUUCUCGCCGGCAGCACCAGGGGUUACAACGCUACCCAGCUCAUUGAGACUGGCCUGCUUCAUCUUUAUCUUCGUGGCGGUCAACUACCGCGUCGCUGCCUGGGGUUUCAUGCCGGGCAAGGAGAUUCUGGCCGAGGGAAGCGGCAACACUGGCCUUCUCGACCAGCGGAUGGGCCUCGAGUGGGUUGCCGACAACAUUUGGGCUUUUGGUGGUGAUCCGGGAAAAGUCACCAUCUGGGGUCAAUCCUCUGGCUCCAUCUCGGUGUUUGAACAGCUCGUCCUCUUCAAUGGUGAUGCUAGCUACAACGGAAAGCCGCUAUUUCGCGGCACCAUCAUGAACUCUGGCUCUGCGACGCCCACUGAUCCCCUGGACAGCGACAAGGCCCAAGCCAUCUACGAUGCCGUUGCAACGUCGGCCGGAUGCUUGGGAAAUAAUUCACUGUUAUGCCUCCGCAUUCUUGAUAACAACGCCUUCGCCGUCGCCGCCGACUCGGUGUCGGACCGCAUCUCGUACAGCUCUCUUGCCCUGUCCUAUCUUGCUCGACCAGAUGCGGGCAGGCAAGACUUCCACGACGCCGACGAAGGGCAGAUCACAAAACUCGUCAACACGUAUAGCAGCGAAUCCCGAGACGGAAGCCCGCACCACACGGGGAUUCGAUUUGAGAGCUAUCUCGGCAAGAAGAGGAUCGCGGCGAUCCUGGGCGACAUAGUCUUCAACCUGGUCCGACGUAUCUCGCUGCAGACAUUUGCCAGCGUCACCCCGACACUGCCGACGUGGUCGUACUUUUCGUCGUACAAGUACGACCCGGUCAUGGGGCAGAUUGGCACGUAUCACGGAUCGGACAUUAGAGUCUUGUUCAACGACUCCAACGACAAGUAUCCGAAAAUUAGCGGGCGAACAUACUACAUCAACUUUUUGCACAACCUUGAUCCGAACAACGGCAGCAAUGUGGACGUGUUUCGGCCGCAGUGGAAGUAUGGGAAGCAAUUGCUUCACUGCAACGCCAACAGCAACGGGCUGCUCGUUGAGAAUAUCGCAGCACAAGCUACACUUUUCUGA